GUGACCCUGACUUGAUUCUGCAACCUUUCAAAGGAGGGAAUAUAAGCUGGGGGUUCACACACACACAACUUUUACUCAAAAUGUGGCCACUUAAAGGCCCAGGGGAAUCGCACCAGACGCCGAGGUCAGCUGGUCUUCCACAGGCAGAGAAGAAGUAGGCCUUGUUGGAGCCUUUCAGGAGGCAUGUUCACAGCUCAUUACAAAUGCAAGGAUUUAUGCAGAGAGAGAGAGAGAGAAAAGUUGAGCAGAAGUGGUGGCCAGAGGUGCUGGAACGAUGCUGACAGACAUUUCGCAGCCUCAGCUGCGGGAUAUUUCCAGAGGCGCAAGCCAGCGCUCCUAAGAAGAAGCCCAAGGACUUUGUCGAGCAGUGGGUGACGUUCCAGGUCUGUCAGAGACCCGGCCAGAGCGCAAUGGGUAUCUCGGGGUGAGCUGGAGGACCACGAGAGCGAGGGACGGAGUUGAAUGAACCCGCCGGGGACUGGGCUGUGCAACACCGCAACAUGCAGUCGUACCGGGAGCAGAGCAGCUACCACGGAAACCAGAGGCUUCUGCACCAAGAGGCCCAGGAGUCAUCCCGACUGGGCAAUUACAGCCAGCACCACCAGGGCCAGAUGUUUGCCAGCUAUGCCAACCGACCAGGCAGCGAGGGCUGCAACCAGCAGCCAUAUCAGGCCUUCCGCAGGGAGCCCAGUGACUACUACUACACGAGGGGCAAGGAGCUACCCGGCCCCCAGGCCCAGCGCAGGCUUGCCGGGCCCCUGCAGAGCGGAUUUGGCACGCAGCAGGCCGGAGGCUACUCGGUGCAGUACUUAAGCGAGGGCCAGUGGCGGGCACCUCAUUCUGCCAUGCCAGGCUACAGUCAGUUCGAGCAGGAUGCGUACACUGGUCAGUUUUCACCGAGCAGCGGUCAACAGCAGCUGCGCCACCAGCCCUUCCAGGUGCCCCCUGGUACCCAGGCACUGGUCCAACCCCCUCCCUCCUCUGCCCACCACCCCCAACAUGCCCACCAGCCCAGCUCAGCCCUCCUGGCCAAGUACCAACACCGUGCACCCCAGUAUAACCCCCAGCAGUUCCAGCCUGCUGCGUCCACCUCCUCCUCCUCAUCCUCCUCCUCCUCCUCCUACCUCUCUCCUCAAGGCUACAGCCAGCCUCCCGGGCAAGCUUUCGAUGGUUACCACAUGAGCGCCAGUGCCCAGUGCGAUGGCUACAUGGUUAAUGCCACGGCUGCCCAGAGUUAUGGGACCCAAACCGGUUACAGCUACCAGCCACCCUUAGCUAAGCCCUGCUUCGAGCAGGCAAAGCCAGCCCAGGGUCAGCAGCAUGGGCCCCAGGCCCUGCAGUACUCCAACACAGCCAAGGUGCCCUUGGGGAACCAACAGUUUGCCCCUUACUGUUCGGCCGACAUUCCUGCCAAAUCGCCCAUGCCCUUCCACCAGAACUUCAGCCCUAGCUCCAACCCCUCUCCCGCUACCCCAGUGGCCCAGUCCCCUUCGUGUAGUUCCACCCCAUCUCCGCUCAUGGUCAGCAGUGAAAGCCUGCAGUGUGGGCCGGGUACCAUGGGCAUGAGGAACCGAGUUCUGCAGCUGAUGCCCCAACCCAGCCCCACCCCAACCGGUCUGAUGCCGAGCCCAGGCUCGCAGUCCGGAGCCUAUGAGGGCUUUGGGUUGGAGGGCGGGGCUGAGAAACGGGCCUCUGACCUAGGCCAGAGCAGCCUGACAGCCCUGAGCUCUCAGGUGGCCAACAUCCCCAACAGGGUGCAGCACCUGCUGAUCUCCGACACCCUGGCCUUGCACCGCCGGCAGGCCCGACGCUCCAACAAGAGGCCGGCACCAGGAGGCCCCGCCGAGCACUUGGGCCUCGAGGAGCAGCUGAAGUCGCCACAGGCCGAGUCCCUGGACGGGGGCUGCUCGAGUUCCUCGGAGGACCAUGCGGAGCGGGUCCGGCAGCUCAGCGGCCAGAGCGGCUGCUCGGAGAGAGCCUACAAGGCCCACAACCCGGAGACGGUCAACGCCACCUGCUCACCGGUCAGUUCCCACGGCGACGGCACCGGCCGGCCGCUGUCGAAGGAAGAGAUGAUCGUCCAGAUGUGCCAGGAGGGCAAAGGGAGCACCAUGGCGACGCUGGCAGAGCAAGGACUUCGGCGGGGCGAGAAGCUCGUUGGCGUCAUUGUCAGCCGGGAGACAAUGGUCAGCCGGGGCGAGGGGAUGGGUAUCGGUGGGCAAGGGGAGGAACACUCGAGGCAGGCCACCUUCCUCACCAGCGCCGAGAAGGAAUCUGGUCACGGUCAGCAGCUCAACAACUCUCGCAACAUCAUGGUCCCAUCAACGACCCAAAACGGGAAUGGGCUGGGGUUGCACCAGGGCAAUGUGGUUCUCAGUGACCCCCUGGCUACAAGAAUGGACACCUCCAAGUCUCCCAGCUACUUGGCCUAUGGGCUUCGGGACUUGCCCAAGAAUGAUGGCAGAUACCAUUACAUGCAGUACCCAAUGGCCCCCUACAGCCAACCAGAAGCUGAGCAGUUCGGCCUCAGAGACAGGAAGGUUGUCCCAGGCAAGGCUGAGAAGAGCCACAGUUUACUCCAAGAAGCUUUGCAAGCCAACUAUCACGGGAGGAAGUUCCACUCCAGCUACGCUCCGGAGCACCAGUAUUCGGGAUUUAUGGACAACCCGUUGCAGCCUGGCUACCCCGUGAGGCAAAUGAUCGAACUGGCCAGAAAGGAUGGGCACAAUAACGCCCUGGUUUCUCCCUCGGGCUGGGGAGAUGCCAGGACUCCAGGCCCUGGCUUCGGGAUGGAGCUGAGCAAGGCCGACCCGGAGGCACAGUUCGAGGCCGGCACGUCGGAGAGGAAGACGGUCAUCUGCGACAUCUCCCCAUCGAGGCCCUUUGGCCGGAGCUCCGUGCCCCCGGUCUGCGGACAAGCCCAGGACCGGGAAUUUGGGUGGAACGUGAAGGGCGCCAAGUUGUGCAAAGCCGGGCAGUCGGUUAUCCAGUCGGGCAUCUUUGUCGGGGUGGAAACAAAGGUUAAGGGGGAGAUGGACCAAAGCCUGGGUCAGCAAAGGAGCACUGGGCACUACGAUGGCAGAGACCCUGGGACCCCCUCACCCCACUGGAAAUACGACUCUCUAGAGCUGGCCCGAGCUUCUGCCGUAGUUUCCUCCUCGUUGCCCAUGGGACCCGGCAGCAACUUCCUCCACCAGACGCUGAACAACCGACCCUCGAGAGGCAGGAGGGCCUGUAGGGUGGCAGGGAGAGCAGGGGCAAGGAGGAGACCCCCAUCCCGGGCAGACGACAAAGCUCUCUUGGCAAGGGCGUCGCUCAUCAAGCAGGAAGACGCGCCGGAGCCUCGGGAGACCGGCUUCCUUGGUCAGCCUCGCGAAAGCCUGCCGGUGCAGGUGUGCAACGCCAGCUUGUACCCCCUCCCCGCCAACUCUGACGUGCUCUCCUCCCUCCUGACCAAGCCAGACGAUGCCCAGGCGGCGGGUAUGGAGGUGCAAGCUGCCGCGAGGCCCCCCAACCACCCCCAGCGGCAGGGCCCCGACCCUGACCCCAACGUGGCGAGCGAUUGGACCAGCCCGCCUGAGGGGAAGGGUUCUGCAGCGGAGUGCCGCAGGAGUGGGGCUCAGAAAGAGGCGCCGGCCGCUGGCGCCGUAUUGCAGGAAGCGGGCGGCCAGGCCCCGCCCCCCAGCCACGAGGGGAGGCUGGAGGAGUGGCCGGCGGCAACGGAGGAGGAGAGACCUCCCCCCCGCCCGGGCAAAAAGCCCAGCGACCUGGCCCAGGAAGACCUGUCCAUCCUGUCGCCGAUUCUGUCAAGGAGGCGGAUUCGAUCCUUUAUUUCGCCCAUCCCAGCGAAGAGGCUGUGCCAAGAGCCGAAAGCCCGGGACGCGGAGGGCAAACUGGCUCCCCCUCGCAGCCACGGCACCCCCCAGUGCAAUGCCAGCCUCAGCCCCCUGCCGAAGGCCGAGGUAGCUGAGGAGCCUCUGCCGAACGCCGAUGGGAAAGAAAGCCCGGGCGCCAGCGUUUCUCCAGCCGUUUCCCUCGCCAGCCCCAGCAAGCUCAAAACUCUACCCCCGAGGAAGGGCCGGGGCCUAAAGCUGGAAGCCAUCGUCCAGAAGAUCGCGUCGCCCAACGGGAGGAAGUUCCCCGUCUCCGGCGCGCUCGAUGGGACCUCCGACGGCGUGACCCUGGAGGACAUCUUGUCCGUCAAAGAGGGAUGCUGGGAGAGCGGGGACGUGCCGGCGGUGCAGCUCGGGGACAAGGGGCGCGGAGGCUCCACGGAGGAGCCCGAGGCCCAGGCCGGGGACACGGGAGGCGCCAACUGCCCCCAGGGCCGCGGAGGCUCCUCGUCAGCUGUUCAGAUUCUCUACCACCCUGAGUUCAAGCGGCGUGGCUCGCCGUGCCCUCUGCCCCGCUCCCCGGGGCACGAGGUUGGGCAGGAGCCCGUCGGCAUUGCCCCCAAGCUGGAAGGCGGCUCGGUCAAAGGGUACUUCCCGUCGGGCAAGAAGCGGGGGAGGCCUCUGGGCAGCAUCAACAAGCAGAAGCGGCAGCGGCCGGAGGGCCAAGGGGGGCAAAGCCGGGCAGAGGGGCCGGAGGAGGCAGCUCAGAAGAAGAGGCGGCCCAGGCGAAAGAGGGCGCCCUCGCAUCAGAGGAGGAGACGCAAGAAGCUGGAGGGCCCCCUGGUGUUAACCCAGGAACCGGAGAUCAAGCUGAAGCACACGGCUCGAGCAGCGGGCAGGAGGAGGGAGGAGGCCCAGGAUAAGACCUUCUCCCCCUACGUGCUUCUGGAGAGGAAGAGGGAGGCCGCCCUCCUCUGCACCAUAAUCAACACCCAGGAUGACGAGCGGAACAGGGCCCAGAAAGGGGUGAAAGGUCACCAGGGACCAGCCUCUGCUCCGCUGCCCAGCUGCGCUGGUAAAGCCUUACCCACCACCUCGCACAUGGUACUGGGUCCAUUGGUGACUGAGUGCUCCACCCUCGGCCUGUUGGUGUGCUGCCUGUGCGGCAAAUGCGCCAACCACAGGGACCUGGGGGACCUCUUCGGCCCCUACUACCCGCACCAGUACGCUGGCACCUUACCCAAGAACCCGCCCCCCAAGAAGAUGCUGCCAGCCCAGAGCCGGGUGAAGGUGAGACAUAAAAGUAUGCCCGAGCUGCUAAAGACUGGCCAAUCGGAAGACGAGGGCAAGGAGUUUGGGAACCUCCUGGGACACCCCAGGUUCAAAAGACGUCACUACUCUGAGGACUGCACCCCUUCUUGGGCUAGUCCGCGGAGUGGCAAAGGACACAGGCGCUGCUAUUGCUGUGAGAAAAUCUCUCCCUCUGUCAAUUUGCGGACUCAGAGAUUGAAAAGUGAGCUCAGCUCCCAGGUGGAUCUCCAGCUGCCUCAACUACCUCUCGACCCCAACGAACUGUGGAUCCACGAGUCCUGUGUGCUCUGGGCCAGUGGGGUUUAUUUGGUCUCUGGGAGACUCUAUGGAUUGCAAGAAGCUGUCGAAGUGGCCAGAGAGAUGAAAUGCUCACACUGCCAGGAGCCUGGAGCUACUCUGGGCUGCUACUGCAAAGGAUGCCCACUAAAUUAUCACUACAUCUGUGCCAUGGAAGCAGAUUGCUUUCUGAAUGAAGAGAAUUUCUCCAUGAAAUGUCCCAAACACAAGCACAGAGCUGCAAAAUCUAACAGUACAGAGCAGUCAGAGCGAGGCUGAACAGUGGCAUCUCCAUUCCCUUUGGACAAAACACAAACAGGUCCUCCUGUUGACGGAGAUGGUGAAUCGGACAUGAUUAUACGCGACCAGAACACGGUGACUCCAGGGGUGUGUCUGCCGACCAUGACACGCUCGCUGUUAACCGCAACCACGCAGAAUCGUCGGCAACAGACUUGGAGCAAGAGUACCCUGAACCUCGAGGGCCCCCUUCCCAUCCUUCCCCCCCCCCCACCCCAAAAGAAAACCCCCGAUGUGGCCCCCAAACCCUGAGGGAGGCCCCCUCCCUGAACUCUGAGGGAGGGGCCCACCCCUCCCGAACUGCGACAGCCCCACCUCCCCCGAGGGUGGUGGGGGGGUGGGGGAGAGAAACCCCUCCCAUCCUCUUCCCCCGAGGGAGGGGGGAGGCCCCCUUCACCUACCUCUCCCCAAGAGGGAGGAGGCCCAACCCCUCCCCCACCCCCCUCCCCAACCGAACCCCGAAUGGCCCCCUCCGAACCCCAAAGUGGGGCAUCGGCCAAACAAUAAGUACCCACCCAGCCUGGGUGACAGCAGUGGGGGUGGGGGUGGGGGGGGGGGCAUCAGGGAGACUCAGCUCAAGCUGCCCCCACCUCCCCCCCACUCCUUAACCACAUUACAGCCCUAGAACUACAUCCCAUACCCGAGACUGCCCUGGACUCAACCUCCCUGAUGUAAAUGACUUCAGUUUGAGAGGGUGGGUGGCCUAGAUUAUAUAUUUUAUUUUUAAAUAUAUCGGUGAGUUUUGAUUUUCAAAUACUUUUUUUUUUUUCCCUGUUUCUCUGUCCCCUGCUCCCUUUGGCUGAUCAAAGCCUGAUCUAGACACACACGGGACAUUCUGAUGGUGACAGUGUGGCCCGUUGUUCAGUGUUAUUUUGGGUGUUUUAUUCGAUAUAUAUAUUAUAUUAUAUAUAGUUA